CAGCACGCCGCGCGCGGGAAGCCGCUACCGGCGACCAACCGUUCUCCGCCUCCAGGAAGCCGGCGCGUCAGGCGGAGCCUCUGGGAGGAAGAGGAGGGCAGGAGCGUAAAUCUUCUGUCCCGGGGCCGCGACCGGAGCGGGACCCGGGACCGAGUCGCCUUGGAGGCGCUGACCGGGGCGGAGCAGUCCCUGGAUCCUCACAGAGGAGCCAAUCUGACAGAAGCCUCUUUCAGCAGAACCAGAGAUGGCGUCAGUGGAUUUCAAGACCUAUGUGGACCAGGCCUGCAGGGCUGCAGAAGAGUUUGUCAAUGUCUACUACACUACCAUGGAUAAGCGGCGGCGGCUGCUAUCCCGCCUGUACAUGGGCACGGCCACUUUAGUGUGGAAUGGAAAUGCUGUUUCAGGACAAGAAUCCUUGAACGAGUUUUUUGAGAUGUUGCCUUCCAGUGAGUUCCAAAUCAACGUGGUAGACUGCCAGCCUGUCCAUGAUGAAGCUACACCAAGCCAGACCACAGUCCUUGUGGUGAUCUGUGGAUCAGUGAAAUUUGAGGGCAAUAAACAGCGGCACUUCAACCAGAACUUCAUCUUAACUGCCCAGGCUUCACCCACUAACACAGUGUGGAAGAUAGCAAGUGACUGCUUCCGAUUCCAGGACUGGGCCAGCUAGUGAGGGUGAGAAAGGCUUCUUGGCUUCGGCCCAGCUCUGCAGAGAAAUGCCAGUCACCAGUCACAAAUCUCAGGAUGUGGAAAACACCGUUCAUUUUUGUUGUCACAGAAGCACUGCAAACUGGAUGUUUGACUACUAGAAACCCCUUUCCUGGUUAUAUACUGGUUUGUCAUAGUUGCCUUUUAAAAGUAGUAAACUUUCUAUUUUUCUACUUAA